GGGAUGUGUGAUUGCCAUGGCGAGGCGGCUCUUCCCGGGGGCCUGGCUGAGGAAGCCCCACUCCGCGCAGGUCCGUCUGUCAUACGUGCGGAUCAAGUAUCUCUUCAUCUCCUGGUUAGUAGUGUUUAUUGGCAGCUGGAUUAUGUAUGUCCAGUACUCCACCUACACAGAAUUGUGCAGAGGACAUGACUGUAGGAAAAUAAUAUGUGAUAAAUACAAGACUGGUGUUAUUGAUGGGUCAGCAUGUAGCAGUCUUUGUGCUAAAGAAACCUUGUAUUUUGGAAAAUGUUUGUCAACAAAGCCCAAUAACCAGAUCUAUUUAGGAAUCUGGGGAAAUCUGCAAAGUGUCAUAAAAUGCCAGAUGGAAGAAGCUGCACAACUUGAUUUUGGUACUGACCCAGAACCAAGGAAGGAAAUAGUCCUAUUUGAUAAACCAACAAGAGGAACCACUGUUGAGAAAUUCAAAGAAAUGGUAUAUGGCCUUUUUAAAGCAAAACUGGGUGAACAAGGAAAUCUUUCAGAACUGGUUAAUCUCAUCCUGUCUUUCGCUGAUGGAAACAAAGAUGGAAGAGUCUCUUUGCCAGAGGCAAAAUCUGCAUGGGCACUCCUGCAGCUAGAAGAGUUUCUGUUAAUGGUGAUCUUGCAGGAUAAAGAGCAUACUCCCAAGCUGAUUGGCUUUUGUGGGAAUCUCUAUGUGACUGAAAGAGUUGAAUAUACCUCUCUCUAUGGAAUCAGCCUUCCAUGGAUUAUAGAACUGCUCAUUCCCUCUGGCUUCAGAAGAAGCAUGGACCAGUGGUUCACUCCAUCAUGGCCAAGAAAGGCAAAAAUAGCUAUAGGGCUUUUAGAAUUUGUGGAAGAUAUUUUCCACGGACCUUAUGGAAACUUUCUUAUGUGUGAUACAAGUGCCAAAAACUUGGGAUAUAAUGAUAAAUAUGAUUUGAAGAUGAUAGACAUGAGAAAAAUAGUGCCAGAAAUUAAUUUGAAGGAAAUAAUCAAAGAUCGUCAAUGUGACUCAGAUUUGGACUGCAUUUAUGGUACAGACUGUAGAACACUAUGUGACCAAAGCAAAAUGAGAUGUACCACUGAAGUAAUUCAGCCAAACUUAGCAAAAGCUUGUCAGCUCCUUAAAGACUAUCUGCUUCGUGGUGCUCCUUCUGAUAUCCAUGAAGAACUAGAGAAACAACUGUACUUGUGCAUUGCCCUGAAAGUCACAGCAAAUCAGAUGGAAAUGGAGCAUUCUUUAAUACUCAAUAACUUAAAAACUUUACUGUGGAAAAAAAUUUCUCAUACAAAUGAUUCGUAGCUUCUCCACCAGCAGAAGAGAAUAUUGAUGCCUGCCACUAGAGGUGGCCUAAGACAUUUGAUAAAAACAAUCUGCACCUUUUAAAAAAAGAUAUUUCUUUACUCAGAUUUUAUUAAUGGUUCUUUCAGUCCUGCCCUUCAGUCAGUAACUCAUGACAGGGCUUCUCAAAGAAUGAACAUGCCACUGAAGGAUGAGGCAGAGGCCAGAACUCUUUCUGCUGUUCAGUGCUGUGUUAUGGAAACAAGAACUCUGCAUGCCUGACUGUUUUGUGCACUUUGUCAGAUCUUGAACAGGAUGAAAGUGUUCACUGUGCCACCACAUCAGCUGAGGGAACAUCUUCCAUUUCUGUGAAAAACACUGCUCGCUUGUGAAAUACCUGCAGAGGAUUUUUUUCCUAAGCAGUUUUAUGAAGAAUCACCACUACUGCAAGUAAUGUGUCCAAGUCCAAGCUGCUGUUAUGAAUAAACUGAACUGUGAGAUUGAAGUUUACUAAUACCUUGGCAUGGCAGAAUUUGCACAUAAAAUAAUUUUUUAACUGUGGAAAA